GACCACAUCCCAACGCAGGAAAGGAGAGCAGUAUAAUUAUGCGCAGUCACAAACGCCGCCGGCGCUGCUUAUAAAAGACUGGCUGGAUCUAGCUAUUCACAUCGCUGCAGAGCACAAAACCAUCAUGGCCUUCGUCAUCCCUCUCCAUCGGUGUGGUGGGGAUAGUGGUUUUCUCCGUUCUUGGGGUUUGCUGGGCGGAUUACUGGCCAGGAGACACCGAGUUUCAGACCAUCUGCCGCACCAUAAUCGAUGAAGUCAACUCGAACCAGAUACGCCGCAGAGGGCGGGAGUUCAUAAACGGGAGAUACGAAAUCGUGGUGCACGAAACGAUGACCCAGCGACAGCUCUGCGACCGUUUGGUGAUCCAGCACAACACACACAACUACGAUUACCUCGGUAUCGUCUCCUCCGACGAGUGCUUCGGCGCUCUAAACUCGCCCGACUUUUACUCAUCGGCGAGUUGGAACAACUGGCGCGGCAGGCACUGUGGCCACUGGCGGUCCACAGGGAACGGAGUAGUCGGGUCCCCGGAACGCGACGACGCGCUCUGGGAGUACGCUCAUCUAUCGUACGGUGUCUAUUACCGACAGAACGUUGACUUUUUCCAAAGGCCACCAUGCUGCCAAGACGGUUGGAACGAGUCAGGAGGCACCGAGGUUGUGGUGUGGGGAUGGGAUCCAAAGGAGGCUGUUGACCACUUCGGCUGGCAGGGAGCUCACGUGGGCUGGCCUUUCAGGUCAACCUUAGCUGGAGCGGACUGUAUAGUGUGGCUGACGGGUGAGGAGGCAUUCUUGGAGUGUAUCAAGACUGUGGGUUCUACCAGGAGGAGGACCAGUGCUGGGCUGUGGGGAUUCGGUCAGUGGAUUGUCCAGACCAGCAACACUCAGUUCUGUCCGUCAGGGAAGGCAGACUUGAGACCUGGACUACACCUUGCACCAAAUAACUUGCCAUUUGACUCUGGAGUGGCUAUUCCCUAGUGAAACUGCACAAAUUUUGGUGCC